GCCUCCACCUCGAUGGAGACUACAUGGUGGCCGGGGAUCAUGGCCAGACCCAGAACUCGAGGCUCACCCUGGGAGAACGAAUCUGUGGAUUUGAGGAACUCCUGAGCAGAUCCCAGGAUGACGUUGCAGUCACGGUCAGUGCAGAGAAACAGGCCCACCAGUGUGCGUCCAUCCGUCAUACGGAUCCUCAUGCUCUUAUUAAGCAGAUUCUCCAGCUUCUGGCGGGCCGGCGAGGUUGACAGUGAGGACAUCUCCAUCUGCGCUGUGUGCAAGGAUGUACCAUUUUCUUCUUUCGGCGAUGCCAUCGGUACUUCAAUUUGUCCUACUUCCCCACUGCUUUCUCGAACCGGGGUGCAAGAUCUUAAACAGGGUGAAACGGGUUCUCUGAUGGCAGAAAUGCAUCGUCCAAAGUAUUUCACGCCAAAAGAAGUGUCGCUGCACAAUACAAUUGACGACAUAUGGGUGUCAUAUUUAGGCACAGUGUACAACUUGACACCGCUGGUAAACGAACAUAAUGGUGAUGUUCUUUUAAGGCCUAUUGUUGAGUGUGCAGGAAAAGACAUAAGCCACUGGUUUGACCCCAAAACAAAGGAUGUUCAGACCCACAUUGACCCUCUCUCUGGCUGUGUUAAAUAUUAUACUCCGAGAGGUCGUUUUGUUCAUAUACCCCCUCCUUGUCCACGGACUGACUGGGCUAAUGACUUUGGGAGGCCAUGGUGGAGCGACGGUCGCUAUGAAGUGGGCCUGCUGUCUGCCAGAACUUUAUGGAUCCAGAUCAUCAACAUGCUCACAUACCAGGAGCAGCCUCUGGAGGUGUGCUGCGAAGAAACUGUGGAAGAAAUUCUCCAGCGCUACCUGAAGUACAACUCUCAUGCAGGCAGCUACACCUGGAAACAUGACUGCCAGGCGCUGGACAUGAGCAGGACGCUGAGCGAGAACGGCGUCGUCAACGACGAUGAAAAUGGCGACUUCUUGCCCUCCGUCUGCCUUUACUUCAAUGAUGACCUCACCGAAUAGCGGGAAGCAGUUAGUGGGGGUUUUGUGGAGUGAAGAUACAAAACUUUAACAGAAAAACAAACAUAUGGUGCCAUGUUGUUCUUUUGUCCUAUCAGUUUAUAUCCUGGUUAGAUCCAAAUGACCACCUUUUUCUUUUUUUUCCAUCCUGCCUGUUUCUAAGGCCUGUUGACAGCUCUUCUUUUUUUUAUCAUCCUUCAUUGGUUUCUGAUUCGUUUUUACAUAUAUCUGGGUUACAUUUGGACAGCUGACUUCUGGGAAAAUCUGCACCAAGAUUCAAGCUUUCGGAAAUCGAGUUACAGCUGAAGACCACCUCCGCUGACACAAAUACACAAAAGUAAAUUGGAGUGUAUGAUAAAUCUGCAGAAUAAUAAUAGCCAGAUAAUAAUGACUGGUUGCCAUGGUAAUGGGUCAUGUGAACGUCUUCCACCCACCCCCCCCCCCCCCAACUACCUCUUAGUGUUCAGACUGUUAGACUCACACUACAGGAAAAAAAUAUUCUCGUUCACAUUUUAUCUUUGUUUUCUGCUUUUUCUUUUCCUCUUACCACACAGUUAAGAUCCUUAUGUACUGGAAGAUGAAAGUAGAGUAAUUAGAUCACGGUAAAUCAGGGGGCUGCGGUUGGCAACAGAUCCAG